UACCACAUAAGUGUUCAUUACUUUAUCCCUGUGUUUAAACAUUUAAAUAUUUCGGAUCAUAUUUUUAAACAAUGUUUCGUUGUUGUUGAAAGAUUCAUAAAUUUCAUCUGUGGUAUUCAAGACCCAGUGUAAGUGUACAGUACUCAGAGCGAUUUACACAUUGGAGUCAAUGAACAAUUUCUCUGUAAAUACAAAAGAUAUUAGAUGAUAAAAAUGUUUUUCACGGGAAGGAUCCAGUAUAUUUGUCUUCAUUUAAUAGCAACAAGUAUAGUUGGUGUACAAUAUGCAUCUGCAACUUCAUUGACUACAAUCGUUGCUUCAUCGACUUUAGAAAUAUCUGAAUCUACCGGAACGAUUCCAUCUACUUAUAACACGUAUGAAUCUACCCAUAUAGCAGAUUCAUUAAUGUUUUCUGCUACAGGUGCUAUUGCACCUUCGGUAUCUGCCGUCGACGAAUCCUCAACAAUUGUAGUUGGUAUGUCAUCCUCAACUGCGAUGGAGAACGAAUCUUUGUCCUCUCAUCCAACACCAGAAUUAAUUACCACUGUAAGUGAAUUUGCAUCUACCGCUAUAAUAUCUACAAUAACAAGCGAAUCUUCUUUUCAAGACAUAUCAAUGUCGCCGUCUAUUGAAACAUCCAACAGUGAAAUGACAUCGAUAUACACCGCUGCACAAAGUGGUGAAAUAAUGUCAUCUUCAGUUGCAGAUCAUUUAUCUAGUGCACUGGAGUCAUCAUCUGCUUUGGUAGACGUCUCUUUGUCAAGCGAUGAAAUAACACAAUUGUCUACGGCCGUAACAGCAUCACCCACAGACUUGAUGAGUGCCUCGUCUAUGGCUGGGACUUUAUCUACUGAUGCAAUGUCAACAUCGUCUAUGACCGAUGCUCCAUCAUCUUCAAUUUCGGUAGCAUCUUCAUUACCAGCAGAUGUUUCAACCUCGUCUGCCACUGUAGACGUGUCGUUAGAUUCUGAAAUUAUGUCGUCAUCGACAGUAUAUAUUGACCAGUCUUCGUCAACUGAUGGAACAACACUGCAAUCUACUGCUGUGACAGAACUAUCGUCUCAAUUUUCAGCUGAAUCUUCUAUCGCUGUUGACGAAUCGUCAUCUUCAGAUGUCAUUGCUGCAUCGUCAACCGUUAUGGAUGCCUCUUCAUCUAGUGAUGGAAUGUUACAAUCGUCUAUGGUUGAGAUGGGGUCUUUAUCCACUUAUGCUAUGUCGACAUCAUCUAUGAUUAUUACCGGGUCUUCAUCAACUGGCGUAACGUUACAACCAUCUACCAGUAUGGGCGAUCCUUCAAGUGCUGGUGAAAUGUCAUAUGUAUCUACCGUUGGCGACGAGUAUUCAUCCAGUGAUAUAAUGUUCCAGUCAUCUUUCAUGAUGACCGAGUCUUCAUCCUCUGAUAUUAUGUCACAAUCGUUCACUGCUGAUACAGGAUCUUCAUCCUAUAAUGCCAUGUCACCUUCGUCUAUGACAAUGAUAGAAUCGUCAUCUACAGGUGAAAUGUCACUGUCGGCGAGCUUUAUGGGCGAGUCAUCAAGUAUUGAUGUACUGUCAUCAUUGUCUACAGAUGCGACCAUGUUUCAAUCUUCUAAUAUACAGUCAGCUCCGCCUACCAUUAUAGAAGAUUCUUCAUCUUCUGAUGUAAUGUUAUCAACGUUUAGUGUUGUUAUCGAUUCUUCGUCCAAUUUAAUGAUGUCACCAUCAUCUUCUGCUAUUGACGAGGUUAUUUCAACUGAUGAAAUGUCACCUUCGUCUCUUAUCGUCGAACCUUUAUCUUCAAAUCUAAUGACACCAGCAUCCACCGUAACAUCAUCCUCUAUCGCAGUAUCUGGAUCUUCAGGUGUAAUGCCAACCUCCUCUAUGUAUAUGGACCAAUCGUCAUCGUCAUCGACUUAUAUUAUGUCAUCAUCAUCUUCUAUAGCAGUAUCUGAAUCUAUAUCCAUUGAUGUAAUGACAUCCUCAGCUUCCGUUAUGGGCGAAUUUUCAUCUGCAGAUGUAAUUACAACCUCCUCUAUGAUUAUGGGCCAAUCGUCAUCGACGUAUGGAAUGUCAUCGUCAUCUUCUAUUGCAGUUUCUGGAUCUACAUCAGUGGAUGUUAUGACAUCAUCAUCUUCCGGUAUGGGCGAAUUUUCAUCUGUUGAUGUAAUUACAACAUCCUCUAUAAUUAUGGACCAAUCGUCAUCGACGUAUGGAAUGUCAUUAUCAUCUUCUACUGCAGUUUCUGGAUCUACAUCAGUGGAUGUUAUGACAUCAUCAGCUUCCAUUGUGGGCGAACUUUCAUCAGCAGAUAUAAUUACAACCUCCUCUAUGAUUAUGGACCAAUCGUCAUCGACUUAUGGAAUAUCAUCAUCAUCUUAUAUUGCAGUUUCUGAAUCUGCAUCCAUUGAUGUUAUGACAUCAUCAUCUUCCGUUAUGGGCGAAUUUUCAUCUGCAGAUGAAAUUGCAACCUCCUCUAUGAGUAUGGACCAAUCGUCAUCGACUUAUGUAAUGUCAUCAUCAUCUGCCAUUGUCCACUCUUCAUCUGUGGAUAUUAUAUCAUCUACUGUGGCAGUUGAUACUUCAUCUACAGUUGUAAUUAUGUCACCAUCUACAAGUGCAAUGUCUUCAAUGGUAGAUGAUCAAUCGUCGAUAGCAUCGAUAUUUACAUCUAUAGCUUCAAGUAUUGCAGAAAUUCCUUCAUCAGAAUAUGUCAGUGCUUUUGCAUCAUCGUCUGUUGAAGCUGUGUCUAGUGAAGCAGGAUCAUUUUCAUCUGUCGACCAAAUGAUCUCGUCGGCAAGUACAAUGUUGCAAUCAACUUUAUCGGUAGAUUCUGGAAUAAUGUCAUCGUCCAUUAAUUAUAUUUCAUCUACCCUAUCCGCCUCUUUCGUGGUAGACACAUCACAAGCUAUAAGUUCGUCUGCUAUAUCAACACCCAUGUUAGAGUCGUCAACUGUUGAAUCGACAGCUACAUCUUUAGCUGCACAAUCGAGUUUAGUUCAAUCAAUUUUAGUAUCUGCCACCAUGUCUGAUACCAUGUCAUCUACUAUGACUGUUGAAACCACUACUCAUGACACAGAAACAACAUCAACACAUACUGUAGCAACUUCAACAGAAGCGGCAACAACUACAGAAACAGCAACAACACAGACUGAAACAACUUCAACAGAAGCGGCAACAACUACAGAAACAGCAACAUCACAGACUGAAACAACUUCAACAGAAGCGGCAACAACUACAGAAACGGUAACAACUCAGGCUGCUACAGUAACAGAAACAACUUCCAAGGCUGCAACAACUACAGAAACAGCAACAACCCAGGCUGCUACAGUAGCAGAAACAACUUCCAAUGUUGCAACAACUACGUUAACAGCAACAACUCAGGCUGUUACAGUUGCAGAAACAACCUCCAAGGUUGCAACAACAACAGUGCCAUCGACGUCAGCUCCGAAUAUUAAUUAUGCAGUAGUGUUCACAUUGAAUACAACAACAUACGAAAACGUAGACAGUUCGAUAUUAAAUACUCCUUCUUCAGACGAAUAUAAAGAAAUAAAAUUGGGGCUUGAAGAAUAUUGGAAGGACAAACUUGGAGCAAUCUUUGUCAGCAUUACAAUAACAUCAAUUCAAAAAGGAAGUAUAAUUGCAGACCACAAUGUAACGACAACGACAGAUAGUCCUACCACCAUUGUUAAUGCCGUCACUGAUCUAGUAAAUGGCGCGUCAUCUGUUACACUUGGAAACAUACCUACAAAAGCAACCAGUGCUAAUAUUACAACAGCUGGUUCAUCAGGCAAUCCAGGCAAUACAGCUUACAUAUCAAACUCAGCUCAAUCAAAAGAUCUAUGCACUGCUUUGACUACUUUAUCACCAUGCAGUUCUGGAGAGGAAUGUACAGUUUCCAAUGGCUACCCAUCAUGUGUUGCUAAAAAGGUUUACUCUUCAGAUGAUAAUAUUCCUUUGAUAAUGGGAGUAAGUAUUGGAGGUGUACUUUUUCUAAUGACAAUUGCUAUUAUCUUGAUGAUGGUGGCGAUGUACGCGAGAAGACGCCGUCAAAGAAGAAGGGGAUUUAAGUCAAGCUCAAGUAGUGAUGCAGACACUCCAUACGGUAUUGGGUUAAAAUAUCAUCCGUUCCAAGAUACUUUAUAUGCCGGUGGACCAGAAUACCACAACAGAAUGUUCAUGCAUGGAGCUGGUGCAUGGUCAGAAACAGAAUAUCCUAAUCAAGCAUACAUGAUGAAAGAUUUUCAAAUAAAGCGACCGCAAGUAGAUGUAGGCUACAACACCUCAUGAUAAAGCUUGUUUCAUAUAGCUAGAAUGACCAUAUAGGUUUAAUGAGAAGUAAUAUUGUGCAUUAUUUCCAAUCAAGACCAUAGUAGCCAAGACAGAAUUAUUAUUGAUGAUGCCGUUUUCGAAGGAAAUAUUUCUGUGUAAAGCUGUAUAGGAAAUGAAACAGAUUCCCAAGUUAACAUUAAAUAUAUUGAGAGAGACAAUUGGUGCUAAAUGUAUAUUUGCUCCCUAUAUUGUUUAUGUGUAUUUUAUGACAAACUAUAUUAAGUGCCGUUGGUAACUUAAAUUUACAAAUAGUAAUUUUAUUUUUAAAACCUGGAUAGCGGUCAUGUGUCAUGAUUAUCAUUUCGUCCCUAAUGGGUCCCUAAGAAAAUAUCAAGAUCAAACUUGUACACUAAUAUAUGUAAUUGAGUUAUUAAAGCUAGUUUCCUAAUGCACGUAAGUGUGAUUGAAUUUGUCAUGCAUUUAUCUGCAAUAUAAAUUUUGUAAGCCAAACCUGGCGGUAUGCUAAAUGAUGGUUAUGAAUGAAAAUAUAAUGUAUACAAGUUUAACUGCGCCGUUUUACUGUACAAGCAUUUCGAAAUAAAUAUGAUAGAAAUAUAAAUGUAUUAAAAAUCAACUGUUUGUUUAAAGGUCAACGAAAGAUAACUCUAUAUCAAAUACUUACUUCGUGAAUUUUAUUUUGCGUUAUUGUACUGAAAAAAAAUACCUUGACUGCAGUGCUUAAUUUCAUUUUGUUUUUAAGAGAUAUAUUUGUACUUGCCAUGCUCCCCGAAAAAAAUUGGGAGCACAUAGAUCAGUUGUUCAGAUCAGAGAGUCUCUCUAUAUUGGUUGGCGUUCACAGUUUCUUUCUUCAAUCAUAUUUCAGUGUCACGAGUACACUUCCUGACAGUACGCUGACGAAUUUGUGUUCAAAAUUAUGAAGUUGUCAUUCGUUAUAAAGUGUAGUUUUAUUUCAUUGUUUAAACGAUAUUUCAGUAUUUCUGAAACUAAAGAUUCUAGAAAUUACGGAAAAUUAAAAUGUAUACACUGAUGCGUUAACAUUUUAACUAUGAAUACUAGUAGGUUUUCAAUGUGACUUUAUAAAUAUUUAUUUUACAACAAUUUUUAAGAAGUAUUGGUGUUUUAUUUGCUUGAUUACCGAAGAAAAUAAUUUUUCAGCAUUUUUCUGAGCAUAAAAUAAUCAAAUGUAUUUUUUGUUUGUUAUACGAGUUUUGAAAUGUAGUGUUAUAUAAGUUAAUGUUCAUUUAUAUAUAACGAAAAAAUAUAUGUAUCAUUAUAAACAAUUACUUUAUGUAUCUUAUGUUCUUUUAAUUUUUUGUCUUCAGUCGGGGUUUGGGGGUUGUUUGUUUUUAAUUCUAAUUGGUAAUGAAGGGUGAAAAACACAUAUCUUUAAUAUUAAUAUUGUAUUAGACAGAUGCUGACUGUGUCGAUGUUUUUGUUACAAAUUACUAUUUAUUGUAUUUUACUGAAUUAACGUAUGCCUUUGUUAUGUUAUAUCUAUUAUGUCUAUAUUAUUGUCUUUGUUACCUUAUACUUAAACUGCCAUAUAUUUUUGAUAAAA